CAUGUAGGCUACGAUGGACAAUGCUCUCGAUUUCUGUGAUCAAGCAAGAAAAAAAGACCAGCCUCUUCUUCUUGUGAGCAGAUUCAACAGAAACAGGUGUGAUGGGAGCUGGGGAAGAAGAAAUGGUGUCAGUGAUGGAGGGAGAUUCUGUCACUCUACACACUAAUCUUACUGAAGUACACAUGGACCAUCAUAUAGUGUGGAUGUUUGGACCUCAAGAGAUUCGUAUUGCUGAUCUCAAAGACCACAACAGUCACAUAUAUGGGCUAUAUCCUGGCAGAUUGAAGCUGGACAAUAAGACUGGAUCUAUGACCAUCAGUGACGUCAGCAUAACAGAUUCUGGAUGUUUUAAAGUAGAGAUCAUAAGCGGCAAUAGGACAACAACCAAGACAUACAUUGUUUCCGUUUAUAGGAAAAUACCUCCGGAGAAACCUGGAGAGAAGUGCGUUGCUCAAGGACACAAUGAUGGUGACUGUGGGGAUCGAACCAGUGACCUUCUGAUUAACAAAUCAGGAAGAUCACAUUAUAUAGUGCUGAUAUCUGUUGGUCUAUUCAUGAUUGCAGUUUUAAGAUUGUGCUGUUACCAGAACUUCAGACAACUUUUACAGAAGGAAUCAGACAAUAAGAAGCUUGACACCAUCAUCUGCUGCACUGAUUACUCUUCUGUAUAG